CAGCGGCGGCGGCGGCGGCGGCAGCAGCGGCCGCGGUGCCCCGGUUGCGGCCGCCGCACGACAACCGCACCAUGGUGGAGAUCAUCGCUGACCACCCGGCCGAGCUCGUCCGCACCGACAGCCCCAACUUCCUGUGCUCCGUGCUGCCCUCGCACUGGCGCUGCAACAAGACCCUGCCCGUGGCCUUCAAGGUGGUAGCCCUCGGAGAGGUACCAGAUGGGACUGUGGUUACUGUCAUGGCGGGUAACGAUGAAAAUUAUUCUGCUGAGCUCCGAAAUGCCUCUGCUGUUAUGAAAAACCAAGUAGCAAGGUUCAACGAUCUGAGAUUUGUGGGCCGGAGUGGACGAGGCAAGAGUUUCACCUUGACCAUAACUGUCUUCACAAAUCCUCCCCAAGUAGCCACCUAUCACAGAGCUAUUAAAGUUACAGUGGAUGGACCCCGGGAACCCAGAAGGCACAGACAGAAGCUUGAUGACUCUAAACCUAGUUUGUUCUCUGACCGCCUCAGUGAUUUAGGGCGCAUUCCUCAUCCCAGUAUGAGAGUAGGUGUCCCGCCUCAGAACCCACGGCCCUCCCUGAACUCUGCACCAAGUCCUUUUAAUCCACAAGGACAGAGUCAGAUUACAGACCCCAGGCAGGCCCAGUCUCCCCCGCCGUGGUCCUACGACCAGUCUUACCCCUCGUACCUGAGCCAGAUGACGUCCCCGUCCAUUCACUCCACCACCCCGCUGUCUUCCACACGGGGCACAGGGCUUCCCGCCAUCACCGACGUGCCCAGGCGCAUUUCAGGUGCUUCAGAACUGGGCCCUUUUUCAGACCCCAGGCAGUUCCCAAGCAUUUCAUCCCUCACUGAGAGCCGCUUCUCCAACCCACGAAUGCACUAUCCAGCCACCUUUACUUACACCCCGCCAGUCACCUCAGGCAUGUCCCUCGGUAUGUCCGCCACCACUCACUACCACACCUACCUGCCACCACCCUACCCCGGCUCUUCCCAAAGCCAGAGUGGACCCUUCCAGACCAGCAGCACUCCAUAUCUCUACUAUGGCACUUCGUCAGGAUCCUAUCAGUUCCCCAUGGUGCCGGGGGGAGACCGGUCUCCUUCCAGAAUGCUUCCGCCAUGCACCACCACCUCGAAUGGCAGCACGCUAUUAAAUCCAAAUUUGCCUAACCAGAAUGAUGGUGUUGACGCUGAUGGAAGCCACAGCAGUUCCCCAACUGUCUUGAAUUCUAGUGGCAGAAUGGAUGAAUCUGUUUGGCGACCAUAUUGAAAUUCCUCAGCAAUGGCCCAGCGGUAUCUGGGAGCCACGUCCCAAAUGUAUCGAUAUAUACAUAUAUAGAGAGAGUGCAUAUAUAUGUAUAUCAAUUAGCUAUCUACAAAGUGCCUAUUUUUUAGAAGAUUUUUGCAUUCACUCACUCAGUCAUGAUCUUGCAACCAUAAGAGGGUAGAUUUUGAGACGCAAAAGGCCCAAGAAAGACAAUCAUAACUGGGUUUCAGAUUGUUUUCUAUUUAAAAUGUACUUUUACAAACAAAGGAAAAAGAUAUUUUUGUUGCUUUUGUUGUUUGAGCUGUUAUCAUAAAUAACCUGUUCAUAUGCCAAUUCAGAGAGGUGGACUCCAGGUUCAGGAGGAGGAGGAGCAAAGCCACUUCCUCCCUGUGCUUUGAAACCACACGCCCUCCCGGUUGCGCUGUGGAUGGACCAGUGCACGCUGCAGACCCGCUUACAAAGCCGGUCGAGGUGCACGUAAAGGGAGAAGAGGGAGAAUGGACGCUCCCAUGACGGGACGGUCCACUCGGAACAACUGUUCCAAACUUGGCUUUCAGACUUCCGCAAGUACUCAUUGGAACUGUUUGGUUCGGGUUUUUUUUUUCCUACUCUAAGAAAAUGACUUCAAGAAUACUGGUCAGGAUAGAUUUAUUUUACUUUUUUAUACUUUUGUUUUCCUUUUCCCAUUUAACCAAAAAGAAAUCCCAUCCCGCAAGCCCCCCUUCUCCUUUUAUGCAAAACUGAAAAUGGCAAUACCUUAUUAUAGCCAUAACGGUAUAGAUAGUGUUUGCGUUUGGCUGUGUGUUGUUUUCUUUUUUUUUAAAUUAUGAAUAUGUGUAAAAUCUGAGGUAACUUGCUAACGUGAAUGGUCAUAUAACUUUAAAGAUAUAUUUAUAAUUAUUUAAUGACAUUUGGACCCUUGAAACAUUUCUUAGUGUAUUGAUAUGUUGACUUCGGUCUCUAAAAGUGCUCUUUAUUAAAUAACAAAUUUCUUCAGUGGGCUAGAGCCAUAUCUGAAAUAUUGCUAAGCAAUUUCAGUUCAUCCAGGCACAAUGUGAUUUUUGAAAAUACUUCCAUCUCCAAAUAUUUUAGAUGUAGCUUGUUUUUGUGAUGUGUGAAGGAAAUGUUAUGUUUAGUUCUUUCAGAUCUUCCAUUGCCUCUAACAUAGCUUUGCCUUUUAAAGCAAUAAUUAGGGAUUUAAGAAACAACUCUUAGCCCUUUAUCACUUCUGUUGCCCUUUAUCAGCAUUAAAUGCUGCAGUGAUGUGGUUUCCUAAUUUCUUUCACAUAGUGAUGACUCUGUCAUAUUAAAAAAGACAAGCACAAGUGAAUGAUUGAACUGCAGAAAAAUGUUCUGUGGUUUCAUAGUUAAAGCAAAACUCUAAAUCGCCAGGCUUCAUAGUGAAGACAUAGUCAGCUUAUAGCCACGCAGGUGGCUAAGGGCUCAGUCAUGAUUCACAUGGUACCGGAAAGCAAAAUUGCACCAGGGAUUCUUAACCAACCCGCCUUACCAAAGUCAGUCAGGGGAACCCAAGUCUGCCCUACCCAAAGCCCCACUGACAACUCUCCGCAUAAUUUGCAUUUAAAGGAGCAGAAUUAAGUCAUUGUCUUCUGAGAGCAGGGUCAUCUGAAGUAGCAGGAAGUUCCACAGAGAGCUGAUCUGAGAGAACAGACAGCCUGUGGGGACCCAUGUACAACCUCUGACAUUCAUAUUUCUCACAGUGGAGGGGAACGGGAAGGCUGACCAUGUGGAAUUGGGCGUCUGCUACUGUGUCUGGAUUUGAGUUAACAACCCUCCUGUAGGAUGCACUGUGACCACUCCUGGCGGCCAUGGGGCAGAUUCUCAAGUAUGAAUCUUAAUCCAAGCCGGGAUCAUUCCAUGACACCGCCAGGCAAAUCCCUGCCCUCCCCCGCACAGGUCAGGGCCCCUUCAUUUGAAUUCUGUGCCCCCCUCAGCAGAACUUUGCGGAGAUGUGCCUCCAGCCCUGAGGCCCUUGCUCUCUAGUCAUUCCCAAGCCCAGCUUUGUAGGCUGCCAAGCAUGGCAGGACACGGCAGUUGGACCUGUGCUUCCUGCCUGGGUGCCUCCCUGGGAAUUCAUCCUGACUCCUUCUAAUAAAAAUUGAGGGCAAAACAAAACAAAACAAAACAAAACAAAACACUUUGCCUUCUGAAGGUUGUAUACCAAGUAUGCUUAGAUAAAGAAGCCACUUUUCUAUUGCUUAAGUAAGAUGGAAGUACUAAUUGAUACUAUUUAUUGUUUCUAUGUGGUAGCUUGAAGCACGCCACUGUCCAUUUAUUUGUAAGUGUAAAAUAUGUGUGUUUGUUUCAGCAGCACUUAAAAAAGCCAGUGUCUGGUUACACAUUUCGAUUUUAAUUAAUUGACAUAAAAAUGUUACCGCCAGUGCCAGCUGUACCCUAUUUAAUAAUAAAGGUACUAUAUUUGUACAUUAUUUUUUAAUGUUAAAAGGGCUUUUUUAAGUUUACAGUACACAUACUAAGUGACGUUAGGGAUGCUUUUGUGUUGAAAUGUUAUUAUAGUGGCUGCAGGCAGCAACCCAGAAACACUUUAGAAGUUUUUUUUCUUGGGAAAAAUUCAAGCACUUCUUCCUUCCACCCUCAUUCCAACCACUCCAACGGGGUAAUUCACAUUUCUCAGAUCAAAUGCUACCCCUUUUUGGCCUGGAGGUUAAAUUUUUCUUUUAUCUUUUUUUUUUUUUUUAAAAAGUCCUUAAUUUGCACUGGGCCAUGUGUAUGAUUUGUGAUUUCAAGACCAAAGCAAAGCCUUACUACUACUACUACUCUAUUUCAGGUUAAAAUAGCACAGUCUUUAGGUAGCAUCAGCGUUGCUGGAGUUGACAGUGUGACCAACACAGCCACUUUUCUGUCUGUUUCAGUUGUCUCACACAUUUUAACCUAUGUCAGAGUUCCAGGACAGGUACCACGGCUUCGGUUUUAGAUUAGUGGAAUGACAUCCCGCCUGGAACUGAGAGACUCAACAGAUCAGCUGUUGUUUGCUCUUUAGACUGUCUUCCGCACCAGGGCCUUUUAAAAAUGAGCCGAGAAAUCCACACCAUUAGAGACCAUCGUUGCAAAUUCAGAGGGGAGGAGAUGUGUGUGCUGGCUGAAAGAGUUCCCUCCAUUCCCAGGACAGGGACUGACUCAGAGUCUAGGUUAAUACAUGGAAACACAAAGCAUUAGCACAAACAAUGAUCAAAUCUAUGAUAUUUGAAAGAACAAUAAUACAUAAAAUAAAUAAAAGACGACUCUUCCAAACCUUGAAUUUGUUGUUCUUAAAAAGAUAAUGCAUUUAAAAAAAUAUUUUCUAUGUGAGAAUUUUUUAGAUGUUUGUUUACUUCAUGUUUACAAAUAACUGUUUGCUUUUUAAUGCAGUACUUUGAAAUAUAUCAGCCAAAACCAUAACUUACAGUAAUUUCUUAGGUAUUCUGAAUAAAAUUCCAUUUUUCUGGAUAUGCUUUACCAUUCUUAGAUUUCUGUGGAACAAAAAUAUUUGUAGCAUUUUGUGUAAAUACAAGCUUUUCAUUUUUAUUUUUUCCAAUUGCUGUUGCCCAAGAUUUGCUUUCCAUGCACAUAUUGUACAAAUUCUGCUUUGUGCCACAGGUCAUGAUUGUGGAUGAGUUUAUUCUUAACUUCAAAGGGACUAUUUGUAUUGUAUGUUGCAACUGUAAAUUGAAUUAUUUGGCAUUUUUCUCAUGAUUGUAAUAUUAAUUUGAAGUUUGAUUUUAAUUUUCAAUAAAAUGGCUUUUUUGGUUUU